AUGUUAGAUAAAAAAGCAGAUAAAGAACAUACACAUAACUCCUUCUCAACUGUUGCUAUAGAAAGUAUUGAAGGAACGGUUGGCGGAACUGGUGGGGAUGCAUUAUACUAUAAACAUCCUAACUUUCCACAAGGUUUAACAUCGAAUGAAAACAUAACAACGAAGAAAGACAUUAGCUGUAAAAAUGUUUAUGUCAUGGAUGAUGAAAAUAAUGUUAAAUUCACUGCUCAAGAUUUAUAUGAUAAGAAAGUUGACAAAACAGAGCUUCAAACAUUAAAGACUGAAAUACUUCAAACAUUAUAUCCUGUUGGUUCUUUAUAUACAUCAAUGAACUCAACAAAUCCAGCAAGUGUUUUAGGUUUUGGUACUUGGCAGCAGAUUGUAGAUAAAUUCUUAUACUGUGCUAACUCUUCAAAGCAAACAGGAGGCUCAAAGAAAAUUAAAGAAGCAAACUUACCUGCGCACACUCAUACAGGAACUACAAACUUUUCUGGCGACCAUAGCCACUCAUUAAGAGACCACCCAUUAUACAACUCAGACUAUAAAGCUGGCAAUGAUGUUUUAUCUCCAUCUUAUAACAAUUCAGCAAAAAAGACUUUUCGACCAACUGAACCAGGAGGAAAUCAUGUCCAUACUUUCACAACAAAUCCAACAGGCUCUGGUGAAGAUUAUAUGCCACCAUUUAUGACUGUAUUCGCAUGGUACCGUACAGCUUAA